UCAACUUCCGGUAAGGAGAGAAAGUCUGCCUCAAAUAUGGACAAGGCCUAGAUCUAAACCACACAGAUUCUUAGUUGAGAUUUAUACACUGGUGAGAGCCUGUGGCGAAGCUGAAGUGCUCUUUGUUGGCUAGCUUCUAUCAAGCUCCAUACUCGGACUUGUUCGUUUUAGAAGAGACGACGCUGCAUGCCACUAUGAUGAGAGUCAGGGGAAGAUCGAACUUCUGUUUCUCUGUUCCAAGUUUUGCAUCCUGAAAUUGUAUUUCUUUUUUUCGUUUUAAAUUAAAUCGGCUGGUAUUGAGACCGAGAUCUGUUGAGAGAUUUGUUUGAACCAAAAGUAUCGAGCAACAUUCAUGAUGGAAGUGGACUCGCCCAGCUCCUCCUCGCCCAGCCCCGUACAGAACGGGACCAGUCUGAAGCGGUCGAACAGCGCCCCGAUGAUCAACUUGUUGGUUACCUCACAGCCAGACGCCAGGGAAAUACAAUCGUCCUUUUGGAUUUCCAACAACUGGGGACGCCUGACAUUUGACUCGUCAGAACCCAUGGAGGGCCAGUCUCGACGACCGCGCUCCUACAGCGAGUCCCUGCACAUCAUGACUCAGUCUAACAUCCUGUGUGGUUCCCCCUCGCCCACACGCGCUGGGAUCAAGCAAUGUUUCUCGCCCUCCAUGCAGAUCCCGGUGAAGAACACGACUUUCACCCCGUCACCCUCACCCAGCCCCACCAGGAAAAACUUCCUCAGGAGCUUGAGCCCUAUUGCCGUGAGGACGGGGCCCUUGAAGCGAAAGUUGGACCAGGAGGGCGACCGCUGGGAGUACAUCAGUCCUCCCAAAAAGUUCCACACCGGACCCAGCACCCCGGACAGGAUGAUGGGCUGUUCUCACCCGCUGGCUCACAGUAUUUCCUCAAGUAGCCUGGAGGGCACAGGUCUAGACCAGGUCUCUGUGCGUCCACACAACGGCAGCUCUGGUCUGACCACGGUGAUGUCACUGGCGGGUCGCUCACCCCUGGCCGGUCACUCUCCGCUGUCGUCGUGCAGCGGCGCCCCCUCGCCCCACACUUCCCUCGCUGGGGACAGUGGCGGCGGGCUGCUGGGCCCGGGGAAGCCCUCCUUCCUGUUCCGGCCGGUGGCUGAGUCUGUGCUGGGCUCGCCCUCCUCCACUUCCUCCUCCUCCUCCUCCUCCACCUCCUCCUCCUCGCUGCACCUCAUGACCUCCCUCCCGGACCAUCCUCACCACCACGCUCACCACCAGCAGCAACCACAACAACAGCAACCGCAGCAGCAGCAGCAUCACCACUCACAACCGCAACAACAACAACAACAGCACCAACAACACCACCACCAACAACAACACCAGGCGUUGGAGCGUGGCUCCCUGACCCAGCCCCGCGGCCUCACGCUGGCAUCCCAGACGUCGCGACUCACCAGGCACGGAGACCAACGUAUGAGCAGUGACGCCAGUCCGCACCACGACGUCUACAUGAGCGACUCUGAGAUGGGCGACCAGUGCGAGGUGGGGGGGAGCAACAAGCCCGCUGUGGUACAGGCCGGGGGCGGGUUCAACUUCAAACCCAUCAGCCCCGACCACGCCUAGCUGUCCGGCUCUCACACCACUGCCCUGGCACCGUGCGCCGUACCGCGGGCGAUAUGUUCACUGUCCUCGUCAGAUUCACAGAGUAGGUGGAAGACCAUUGAUUCAUAGACAGUACCGCGGGGAUGUGUUCACUGUCCUCUUCAGAUUCACAGAGCAGGUGGAAGACCAUUGAUUCAUAGACGGUACCGCGGGCGAUAUGUUCACUGUCCUCGUCAGAUUCACAGAGUAGGUGGAAGACCAUUGAUUCAUAGACAGUACCGCGGGGAUGUGUUCACUGUCCUCUUCAGAUUCACAGAGCAGGUGGAAGACCAUUGAUUCAUAGACGGUACCGCGGGCGAUAUGUUCAGUAUCACAGAGUAGGUGGAAGACCAUUGGUUCAUAGACGGUACCGCGGGGAUGUGUUCACUGUCCUCCUCAGAUUCACAGAGCAGAGCGGGUGCGGCACUGAACCAAGAGGAGAAUGUGUGGAGCAGUUCUGAAGUGACAUGCAAAAACUUGGUGUCCAGUGUAGUCUAUGG